CUCUCUCUCUAGGCGGGUAGUGAUGGAGAGAGUAUUGGGAACUGUCCAUUCUCCCAGCGUCUCUUCAUGAUCCUGUGGCUGAAGGGAGUGGUCUUCAAUGUAACCACCGUCGACCUCAAGAGGAAGCCAGCUGACCUUCAUAACCUAGCCCCAGGGACCCAUCCUCCCUUCCUGACAUUUAAUGGAGAGGUGAAGACAGACAUCAACAAGAUAGAAGAGUUCCUGGAGGAUGUACUGGCUCCACCCAAGUAUCCUAAGUUGGCAGCCAAGCAGAGAGAGUCCAACACAGCUGGAAACAACAUCUUUGCCAAGUUCUCAGCGUACAUCAAGAACACCAAGCCUGAAGCUAAUGAUGUCCUGGAGAAGGGUCUGCUGAAGGCACUGAAGAAGUUAGAUGACUACCUGGCUGGUCCCCUCCCAGAGGAGAUCGAUGCAGACAGCAUGGAGGAGGAGAGGGGGUCCACAAGACGCUUCCUGGAUGGAGAUGAGCUUACCCUGGCUGACUGCAACCUACUGCCCAAACUACAUAUAGUCAAGGUGGUUGCUAAGAAGUAUCGUAACUAUGAGAUUCCGUCUGAGCUGGAUGGGGUGUGGCGCUAUCUGAAGAAUGCCUACACACGAGACGAGUUCACCAACACCUGCGCUGCCGACAACGAGAUAGAGAUGGCUUACCUGGAUGUGGCCAAGAGACUGGAGAAGUGACCUUUAACCCCUAACCUCUAACCUACAACCAUGAUUUUUAACCCCUUGACACCUAAUCCCUGACCUCUAACCCCUGUCCUCUAACCUACAAGCCUGAU